UGUCAAUGGAAAACGGAGCGCAUCAUAAAAAAAGGAAGCAAAAAGUCUCCGCGACGACGACAGCAGCAGCAGUAAAAAGCAUUCUCCAUCUUAAGUUUUCUUCGCGGUGUGUCGCGACGGAGUGUGAACUGCAAACUGCAAAAGUAUUCUCGCGAAACAACAUAAUCUCCACGGUCAGACUGAAUCUGCUUUAAACCAUUACGAAAUACCGUGCGUAAAAAGUGAAUUUUCUUGAAUCCUGUGUUGGUUUUGUGCAUCCUGGAUGUUCCGCAGUAGUGGGUUUGCUAAAUUUGCGGGGCGCCAAAUUCACACGCAAGAUUGUGUGGGCUAGAGGCGAACGGAGGAGAGAGAGAGAGCAAAAAGUGGCUUACAGAAAGUGGAGGAAUCAUCCUUUUGCGGUGCUACUAGUGCAGCUAGUAGAGUGCCCCGGACAAGAAGGUGGAGCUCUACGUGAUCCGGGAAAAGUGUAUUAUACUGGGUAUAAUAACAGGAUCUGAGCACGGCUGGCGAAUCAUUUGUGUGCAGCGUAAAUAAGGAAGCAUUCUGGAUGUCGAAUCGCAAUGGCCACAGUUGUCGAGGAGCCUGAUUUGUUCAACGGGCUGGAGAUAACGGAGAUGGACGAGAUCAAUAUGGAGAACGGAGACGAGUAUGUGUUCAUCCCGUCGGAUAACGAGAACGAGGAUGAGAAUGGCACCGGUGGUGAUCACGCGUCCCUAGCCAGCCAGUCUGUUUUCCAUCGGCUGGUCCCUCCGGCCGCUUUUCCCGCUGUAUCCAUGGGAUGCGAAACCAAAGCAAACGAAACAAUCAGCAAUGAUCCUGUUAGCAUGAUGAAUAACGCUGGCGCACAUUUUCUCAUCAAGGAAACGACUAUAGUGAACAAUAUCGAUCUGACGCAGGAUAACCAAGACGGUACAACUGACGAGAGGUUCUCCGUGAACUAUGAUUUCAAUUUGGACACCCAGGAGCUGUUCAACGUUGGACAUUCGAAGGAUAACGCAUCGAUGAUGGAUGCGGAACCCCAGGCUGUUGUUGAUGUGAAUUUGCGAGAAGGUCUUGCGAUGAUAAAAGACGAAAUUGAAAUUGAAGAAGCGGUAGUAAAUUUCCCCGAUGAUGAGGAGGUGGGACUGUCUGAAUUAUCUCAACUAGUAGUACACGAUGCACACCACAAUCUUGGCAGUGAAGUGAUCACGCUUGAUUCUGACGUGGCUGAAAGUGAGGACGAGCAAGACAGUGUUUUGCUCUCUCUAAUAGAACAGAGCCCCACCAUAGUUGCCAAGGAACGAGCAGAUGACGACAAGAGUCCUGUCGAAAACGAUCACGCAUACACUUCACUACCGAGUCCAAAGGACGUUUUGGAAACAGGAUUAGAAUCCCUCAAAACCAUUUCAAGGAGCCUUCUGGGUGAAGCGAGUUCUUCCGUAGCGGAUGCCCAAGAAACACUGAAAAGUAUAGCCAGUAUAGAAGAGCAAGUUAGGUCACUCAAACGAAGGGUACUUUCCCAACAGUGUGAAGAAGCAGCGGAGGCAACUCAAGCGCUGGAAGCAACAGAAAAUUUAUCACCUCCCGAACCUCCCGUGCCACCGCCUCCAUUAAGUGAAACUAACUUGCUUCCACCGCAACAAAGUUCAUGUGAUGCUGACAAUCUUUCAGUGUUACUCUCGGAUAACUGCUCAGAGCAGCUAGAGUGUGACUCAAUAACGGAGCUAGUAGCAGUAAAUUCAGACGAGGCGAGUGAACGAGUGGAUGACGCAUUGGAGCAGCUUAUUCAAAUCCAUGGCAUCCGUGAGCAUUCCGGUACGGAAUCAGAUGAUUCAAUGGACAAGCAAUCCACCGAAAACCUAUCCAGACAUCUGUCCCCAAAUCGAUCGGAACCACUCGAGCACACUGGUUUGCCGAUGGAAUGCGAACAAACAGAUGGUUCGCGGAGCGCGGAAAAUCAUACGGAAGAAUCAACUGAUGAGCAUCCUAAUCCUAUGCCUGAACAGGACGACAACGAUGUCGUCGCCGGGAGUAACAACCAUUCACCUGAGUCGAUAGCCCAAAGUGAGAAAGAUGGAAGGUUUCCAAAAAUUAACAGUCUCGAUGAUUUGAUACACUAUGGGGAACUAUUUUCGAAAGAAUGUGAAGUAUGGUUGGAUAAAAUUAACAACAACAAACGACCUAUUGCUGAGCAGGCCGAUAGCGCUAAUGAUACGGAACAGAUGAUGAGCAUCCUCGCGACGAAUGUUCAGAAACUUUCAAUAAAACUGUUGAAGGUUGUACCCGAAGGUGUAACGGUGUCUUCUAGAAACCGCGUCGAAGCAUCCGUGCAGACUGAGAAAGUGAAGCUUACCGCGGAAAAAGCAAAGGCACUGAAUGAGAAGUACAAAAAGCGAUUGCUUAGUUCGCUGGGAGAAGCUGAGGCAGCGGAUAGUGACUCUUAUGACAGUGAUGUUUCCUAUGCUUCCGGUUCCGAUGAUGUUGGUGGUGAUGCCACCGUAAAUAUGGAUGACGACGACGAUGAUGAUGAAGCGUUUGAGAGGAGGCAACAUCGUAGAAAAUCUAAUCGUUUGAAAAAGAUAGAAGAGCAAAAGUCUCUCGAAAGUCAUCCGACCAAAGAUGACAGCGAGUUGGCCAAAUCAAACGAAGACGCCGCGUCGGAGUCGACAAUAGUGAUGACAAGGAAACGCAAUGUUCGUAGGUUGGUAAGUACGGACUCGGCACCCACCGAGGAGAACAACGAACAAACCGAGGAAGAUGCAUCGGAAGCAGAUUUGACACAAUUCUUGGUUCCAAAAUCACCGGUUCUCUCGGUGGUCGCUUCGACAAACGACAAUGUUUCGGUAGGGAAUGAACCUGUUUCAUCGGAGACAGAUUGCGACUCUGUUGGUAAACCACGAAUCAUUCGAACCGAUAGCGUGGACUAUAGUCACGACGGUGGGAGCGUUGCUGAGCCGAUGGAAAACGAUGAGUACGAUUCCGUACGAGUAAUAAAGCACGAGAGCUCUCUGAACUUAUCCGCCUCAGAAAAUGUGAGCAGUACGACCGAAAAGAAGCUUUCGCAGGAAGAAGACGGGGCAGUAGAAGCAAUGCAAACAGAGGACGCAGAGGAACAAACCGACAGUGAGCUGCUGGAUGAUGUUCUUCCACAGGUGGAUGACAUUCUACUGGAUGUAGAUGACAUCCUUCCUGCCGCGGAGGGUGUAGUACAGGACUAUUUGGUUGAAGAAGAAGUGAGAUCCGAGGAAGAACCGAAGCAAGUGGCCUCGCAAAAGGAACAACAACAAACAUGGAGCGAUGCGAAGAAACCAAAGAGAGCAGAGAAAAAAAUUGAGAACACCGAAGAAGACACCGAAACGGAUAAGGAUGAAGAUGAGCGGGAGAAAAUGUUGGAAGAUAUGACGGAAUCAGAACUAGAGGAGUACUAUGAUAAUCUACGGGAGAAGGAAGUCGAUAAGCUGUGCAAUCUGUCCAAUUUGGAAGUGACCAGAAACGCUUACCCUCAAAAGGCCCAGGAGGUAAAGAGGAAACCGGUGGUUGUGAAGAAAAAAGAACGCAUUAUCGAUGAUAUUCUGAACAAUGCUGAGUUUCAUCCUAUAUCGGAUGACAGUGAAAGUGAUACCGAAGUCCUGGAGACGGAAGAAAUGUUCCUGCAGAAGUGUAACGAGAACAUGAAGGAUCAGCUGUUGAACCAGUUGAGUAGCAGUGAUACGGAUCAGGAUACAGUUAGUGAAGAUAGUGUUAUUGAAGCUCUGAAACGAGAUCGGGAUUAUGACUCCGAUGAUUCUGCCGGUUCUAUACUUAUGGAAAAAUUCUUCAAGAGUCUGAACAAAGACCACGGACAAAGUGGCGAUGAGCAGGAAAGGGAGAAGAAAAUUGGUGAUGAUGGAGAGGAGCCUCUGAAAGAAGAUUCCGAGGUCGAUAAAAAGAAAGAAAACAGUACAGAUUUCAUCGAUGAUUCAGAAGUUCUGGAUGUGGAUGAAGAAGGAAAAGAGAAAUCGGAAAUUCGGAUUAAGAGCUCAGAUCGGAGGAUAGAUGCCGCCGGACAGAAGGAGAAACCAAAAGACGCCACACUUAACAAAACGACUGCCAUCGAUCCAAUCGAUAAGCAAUUGUUCAGCAAGAAAAUGUUCCGGGAAGUGGACGAAACAUUGCGGAAGGAUCGCGAACACGACGUGUUCGGGAAGGAAAACGGUUCGGUGACCGAUCGGUCGGAACGAAUUGCUAGCGAGGAUUCUGACGUGGAACUGCUCGACGUGUCAAUGUUCCAGUCGAAACGAAAGAUGAAAGAGAAAAAGUUGGAGGAUUUCGACUUUAGUGUUGCCACUAAACGCGCCACUCCUCAACUGAAGCGAAAGGAUACAAAAGAAGACUGUAUAAGUCUGAGUUCGGAGAGCGAAGCGGAAGCGGUGGAAGAAACUAACAAUGAAACAGAAGAAAAAGAAAACAAACAAAGGAAGAUACGAGCUAUGUUGACCCAGGACGAGCUAACCGAUGAAACCAAAACGGCACAGAAAGAUGAAGAGCUACGAGUGUCACGUUUACGAAAGAAGAAUGAGCAACUGAAGAAACUUAUGACCACUUUCAAGCCAGGCCCUGACGAGAGCAACCUGGUGCUGGACUACGAUGUGAAGACCGGCAAAGUGAUUUGUGUCCAUCCAGAAAUCGAGAAACUGCUCAAACCGCAUCAGCGCGAAGGAGUGAAGUUCAUGUACGACAAUAGUUACGGCAGCAUUGAUUACAUCAACAAACAUCCGGGAUCGGGUUGCAUACUUGCGCAUUGCAUGGGUCUUGGCAAAACUCUACAACUGAUUACUCUGCUGCACAGUGUGAUGCGUUAUCCACAGCUGAAAACCAAGCGUGUGCUCGUCAUCUGUCCCAAAAGUACCGUCAUGAAUUGGAGCGACGAAAUUCAGCAUUGGUUGGGGUCUCUGAAAAGUGGGCCACGACUGAAAGUUUUCUACUUCCCAGACAACAGUGAUGUGAACGAUAAACUAAAGGUCCUAAGCGAUUGGUACUCUUCGACAGCGAGUCGCUGUGGUUGCAUGUUGAUCGGCUACGAAGCAUUCCGAAUUCUUGUGAACUAUGAGAAACGUAAGCGAACCCCAUCCAAUAUUCUGGCAGCGAAGGCUGCCUUCGUGAAGAAGAAGGUGGAUGAAUAUCUGUUGAAUCCGGGAGCUGAUCUCGUGAUUUGUGACGAAGGGCACCAGAUCAAGAACAAGAAAUCCGCCAUCAGUGGAGCUGUGUCGCAAAUCAAAACGAGGAGAAGAAUUGUCCUCACCGGAACACCGAUUCAAAAUAAUUUGAAAGAAUACUACUGCAUGGUGAACUUCAUUAAACCAUUGUUUUUGGGAAGCGACAGGGAAUUCAACAACCUCUAUGCGAAUCCGAUAAAGAAUGGCCAACAUAAGGAUUCCGACAGUAGGGCAAUCAAGAUCAUGAAACAACGAUCAUACGUUCUACACAAUAAACUGUCCAGAUUCGUUCAGCGUCGUGAAGCUGGUGUACUGAAGGAGUUUCUACCGGAAAAGUUUGAGUAUGUUUUGUUCGUUCCUCUAACACCAGUACAAGAAAAAAUGUACGAAGUGUUUCUGCAGAUGAAUGAAUACACAACGCCUACCGGCGAUGGCAUUGGCGAGAAUGCUCGGAGCAAAAAGUUCAAACUCCUAGCUGAUUACACAUCUUUGAGAAAGAUCUGGACCCAUCCAAAGGUUCUGGAAAAAGCAUGGGAAACAGCGGUUCAGGAGAAGAACAAGCGUGACGCUCGUUUCCGCCAUACAUCGACGCCAGAUUCGGACGAUGACCGGCCGGAUGAUUACAACGAUAUCUCGUCCGGUGCCCUGUCGGUCACGAACGACUGGUGGCGGCGACAUUUGGCGGCGAACGAUCUGGAAUCGCUCUAUCCGAGCAAUAAGCUGCGCAUAAUGUUCGAGGUGUUGAAGCAAUGCCAGGAACGUGGCGAAAAGUGUUUGAUUUUUUCAGCGUUUGUUGCCGUGCUGAACGUUGUGGAACAUUUUAUGGCCAAAAUAAACAACCGAGAGAAUGAUCCGAUUGCAGACCUGUACGGAUAUGGCAACCUGAAAGGUCCAUGGGAACCUGGCAAGGAUUACUAUCGACUGGAUGGUAAAACUCAGAAAAAUAUCAGACACAAGAUGAUCACAUCUUUCAACGAUCCGUCGAACAAACGAACGAAAUGUUUCUUGAUAUCCGCUAAAGCUGGUGGCCAAGGAAUCAAUUUGAUAGGAGCGAAUCGAGUGAUUAUUCUCGAUACAUCCUGGAAUCCGUCCAACGAUCAGCAGAACAUUUUCCGAAUAUUCCGGUUGGGCCAAAAACGGAAGUGUUAUGUUUACAGACUGCUUGCCAUGGGAACGAUGGAAGAAAAGGUAUACUCGCGGUCUGUAACGAAACAAGCGAUGAGCUUCCGCGUGGUUGACGAGCAGCAGGUCGAUCGACACUACAGUUUUUCAGAGCUUGCGGAGUUGUACAAUUUGGCGAAGGUGGCCGAUCAAGUGCGAGAGACACCUAUUCUUCCAGCCGAUGAUCUGUUGGCGUCGUUACUCAGGAAUCAUCCUGAUUGUGUGUUUAAAUAUCACGAACAUGACUCACUGUUGGAGAACAAACCCGAACAGGAUCUGAGUGAGGAUGACAAGAAAGAAGCUUGGGCUGCUUACGAACGCGAGAUUCAAAACAACGAAAAACCUUCGUAUUUGGGAAGUUUGGGUGGAUUAAUGCCAAACUUUCUUGGACCCGGGUUUCCAGGGGCACCUGGCUCUGGCAUUGGGCCGUAUCCCUCGUUAGCCUAUCCUGGUUUACCAAGUGCUUUGGCCGAUAUGUAUAGAAGUGAUUUUGGCUACGGUUCUAGUAUGAAUAGGUUAAUGUAUCCCUAUGGGAAUCAGCCGUACCCAAUGAUAAGUGAUCCCAGCUAUUCGUCAAUAAUGGGGAAAUCGCCAUACACAAACUUCAACCUGCCUGGCUCGUCAAGUGGUUUACCGGAUUAUGGUCUGUCGCCUAGCAUGAACGGUCCGGGUCCCACCGGAACGACCGGUUACAGCUCGACAGUAGCCUUACAAAGUCUGUUAGAUCUGUACGCGAAGUCAAUGUCUGGAGCAAUGGGUUCCAGUACAGUGACAACUGCUACAUCGACUUCAAUUUCCCCCAGUGCAUCGACUACGGCAGCGCCCAUUCCACCAUACAAUGCUCUUGGGUCUUUGAAACAGUUCAAUGGGUUCCCGCAGAUUCCUCCUGGAUCGACUGCUAUACCUCAUUCAUCACCACAGCUUCCUCCACCUGCAAGUCCUCAGUCGGCAAACACAUCCAGUGGUAAUGCUGCACUCAUCAAUAUGCUCAAUGAACAGCCUAUGCCAAUGUCAUCUGCUGCUUCAUCUGGUCCAUUUUCUCACCUCAAUUCCCCUCUACCUGCACCUUCCAUUCCGCUACCACGAGCAGCACCAUCGACAACGGCGACAAUGGCCUUGCCGUCUCCAGUAUUAACAACAUCCCCAGCAGCCAAACCCGUGGCGUCACCUACAACCGCGAGUACUGUUUCGCAAACCAUCAUGAAAUCCUCUGUCUCGAAGUCCGGUGAUAAUAGUGGUAACCCGAAGCCAGUAUCCCUAACAACCACUAUCGUAGCUAGCGAUGAUGACGAUGUGGACGAUGAUGGAAUUCCGCGGCCUCAUAUAAUCGUUCGAGAUCCAUCUUCCAUAAACGCAACGUCCGUUAAGCCAAAUGACGACGACAAUGUCGUUAAGAAGAUCAAUAUGGGUAUCGUUUAUCCGGAGGAGAAGAAAAAGAAUCAAUCCAAAGAUAUAAUGUUGAGUGCGAAGAGCAUAACAACGCUAGCUAAACCAACGAUUGCCGUCAAGAGUAUGGACAGUAUGAAAGCCGUUCCGUCAUCUUUGUCGAAUGUUUCAAAAAUGUCUUCACCUGUACAUAUGGUUUCGCGACCUGGAUUAUCCGGUAGCGCUGGCAAUAGACCAAUUCGAGCAUCUCCGGUGCAAGCGCACCCUCAGAAUACACAGCGUCCAUCUCCACAAUCCAGGCAAAAUCAGUCUUUCUCCAGCAGUUCUACCACCCCAUCUCCGACUGUAAUAAGCAAAUCAUCCCUCACAAGACAACAGGUACCGGUCAUAACUAGCGCUAAAUCCAUGCAAAUAUCCACGGUCAAUUCACAAAGUACCUCAACUGGAUCGACCAAUUUGCAGCAGCGAAGUGUUAUCCCGCCUCCGGCGAAUUCUAAUGUGACGGCAACUUCCACAACCCCAGCUGGAUCUCCGCUUCCUCGAGGUGCAAUAGCAGCUCAACAGCUUCGAGAGUUGCAGCAACGAAUGAAUCUUGGUGGGAGCUCGGCCAGCAACACUAGCAGCCAUCAGGUUGUGGCCAGGGCAAGCAAGUCCACUUCUCAAGUGAUGAUCAAUAGACCCGGCGGAGCGAUUAGCAAACAACCGACAACCGGUGUUCUCGCCUCUUCAACAUCUACGUUAAUGGCCAACCAGAAGCAGCAACAAAGAACAACGCCCAUCAGCGCUGGCGCUAAUCAGAAUAAUAGUGUUGUGAAGAUAGCCAAAGCAGCCACCUCUCUGUCGGAUAGUGUCAGUAUUACCAAAAUCACCAGCACGGGACAACGGAUAGCGAUGUCCAAUCCGUCAAUCAACUCCACCAGUAGCAUAAGCUCACCUAUCAACAGAAAUGCUCUCAUCAGCAGUAGUUUGGGACGGAAGCAAGAUCUAAUAAUAACUAAAACAAUUCCCGGAACGGCAACUGUGCGGAAGGUUGUCCCUGGACCGAACAUGAUUGUCAAAUCGCAAGUAACGCCGUCAGCUGUUGGUCCGAAACGACAAUUCCCGCCGCUAUCAUCGGUCGUUAAGAAAACAACAGCCAACCCAGGUAUGCAUCCAACGAUAACCACCAGCAUCAGUGGGGGAAGUCUACCGCUAAGUGGAAGUAGCAGUAUAACCGUGCGAAAACGAAAGGCGGAACCAACGUUGAUCGAUAGUUUGAAGGCGAAGAACAAUGCGAUCACGAUAAGUGAGGUCCGUUCGAUUUAUCAACCUCCAGCAGCCAAGAAACCAAGCCAGGGGACACCAAUUCAACCGCAGAAGCGGUUAGGAAGUGGUAUCACAAUCACCCCACGAAAACCUAAUCCUCAGCAACAGCAACCUGCAUCUCAUCAAUUCGAUGCAUCAUAGUUUGAUGAGUGUCUAAUCAGGACUAUUUAGCUGCCUUUUUCAGCUUUUAUUUUCCUGUGUUAAGGGAAUUGGAAUAAUAAUUCUACAUUUCCUAAAUAAUAACUGGACAAUAUUUUAUGCUAUCGUAAUCAUAAAACUGUCGGUCACUCAUCCCUCAUUACCUUCCUUCUUCUUCGAGAUCAGUUUACGCCAAAUUAUGAUCUGCAUCAUCACGCAUACCUACAAGAUUUGAUGGGCUUAUUAACUCAACCGUGCUUACCAUCUUGCACUCCGUGUUUGUUCUUUGUUUGGCUUUGGUUGCUGUACGCAAAGAUGGAUUGGGGGCACAUUGCAGACCAAAAGUUCCGGUUCCAAAAGAUUUUUACAUGAGAUGCAUUAAACUUCUUCAGUUUAUUAGCUUCUAGCCCUGAAAAGGGUCCUUAUGGGAAAACCUCACCCUAACUCCUCUCCAUGUCUUGAGAAAGACAAUUUAUUUCCGCUCGAUGCAAACGGUGUUCACUCUACAAACAUCAACCGAGAAGUAAAGUGGAGUGAAGAUUGCCCCUCGCUGCUAGUCUCCGCCUUUCAUGCAGUUCGGUGGGGCUUGGGAUGAAAUUUUUGCAUCUUUGCAGGGACUGAACACCUAGCGAUUUACAUCAAUGUAAGUGAAUUUCUUUCGAUUGAGUAAUAAAGCUGCCGUCGCUUGAUUGUAUUAUUAGUCAUUAUUAGGGUGUUCUGAAUGAUAGAGGCUUGAAAUGGCCAAUUUGGAAAAUUAAAACUAGAGGUGAAUGAACUUUCAUCAGCGCGCGCUCAAAGAACACUCGUAUUCUUUCUUGGUGCGAAGCGCACAAAAUUCAUAAGCACGACAGCGCAAAAUGUACCCGGCGCAGAACUCAGAUACUAAACAUUUCUUCUCAUUUGUGUGAUGCGCGUCUCAUUCUAUAUACAAACACACACACAUACACAUCAAAUUCUAGCGCCCGCUUUUUCUUCGUUCGUUCUAAGCAAAGCAUAAAAACAACAGCGCGCCCCCAUUUGAACCGUAUACGCUUGUGUGAAGAAAAAUAUCUCAACAGAGAGGCUAGGCGCAAAUUGAGGAGCGUAUAGCGCUCGUAAGCGAACGCGAGACUACCAACACGACUCAUACGUGCCACAAACGUAGCGUGGUGGAGCGCAUAUUGAGUCGCAGUUUGGUGUAAAUAACAUGCCACUCGCAUACAAUGACUGAUUAACACAGAGUUGCGCGAUAUAUUUAUUUACUAACACAAUCACCCGACCAGUACAGCCAUACAGUGUCAAACCCACGGCGCUAUAUGAUUGUUCACCAACACAACUACCACAACCGGCAUGACCAGCACGAGAAACUGUGGUUCAGCCACAGCGUCGCGCGAGUCGUGUCUCACGAGCGCUCCACCAUCUCGCGUCAUCUGGCCAAUUUGCGCCGUUCUAUCUGUUUUCAUUAGCCACAAAAACAGGCGCUAUAUCGCGCCAAGUUACUCGCGCUAUAUGCGUCUCAAUUUGCGCCUUGCCAGAGAGCAAUCCAGAUUCAAGCGCGCAGUAUAGCAAUACGGCGCAAAUUUCAGCGUAAAAUUCAGCGCAAAUCUCAGCUCAAAACUGGACUUGCGCCCACAACGCUGACAACCAAACAUUUCAUCUGCCAAACCUUUCAGAGCGUACACAUUCGCCAGAGCGCAUGUGUGCGCAAGGAGUGGGAGUUCAACUGGGUACAAAAAUCUUGUUACACAUCAUCACCGGAUUGCAUUCUGAAGACUGCUCUCGGCCUUUAGAAACAUGUGAUAUGUGUGCCGUACAUCAGCAGAAAAUCAAACAUUAAACUCAUAUUUCAUUGCACAGUUCUGUAUUCUUAUUUCUACGAAGUGCAGAUGCUCGGGACGUGAGAACAAAGAUAGUUUUUUUUCCAAAUCGACCAAUCAGAACGUGAGAUUUUCAUUGAAAUAAUGCUUCAGAUUUUUCAGUUGUUCGAUAGUUUCAUAAAAUAUUCUAUUCUAUUCAUUGUAAUAAAUUAUUAUGGAGUGUCUAAAUGGAUUGAUGUAGAAAAUUUGUAGAUUCAUCAGGAAAUGACUGAGUAAUAAUUGUGAGUACAAGAGGAAGCUUGUAUCUUCGAUUCCGACCAAUCUGAACGCGGGAUUUCAAUUUGGAUAAUGGUUGAGGUUUUUCUGUUGUUCGAUAGUUAGUGAAAGUGACAAAACUUCGAGAAAAAAUAAUCCAAUUCAGUGCUUCAAUCCAUUUAUAAUAAUCUAUUUGCAUUGUUCGAAGGAAUUUAUAACAUCUGUAGUUAAAAAAAGUCAUUCAUUAAAAAAAUUCGUUUAUGCAUACAACUAAAAUGAUGCGACAAAAGUUAAGACCGGUUUUUUAAAUUUUUUGCUUCCUUUUACAGUCAGACCCUGUACAACUCGUACAACAGUCUAUAACUUUUCUCAGUCACGAUCAAGAAACAACGUAAUUAUCUGGAUUGAUGAAUGAUUCAAUUCUCUAUUUAAUUAAUGAGAUUAAUGAGCAUGAAUUUGAAGGUUGUUACUUGAUAAACAAUCAAUUUAUUUCAACUGGAAUAUUUCAUCAUUCAUUAAAUCCAGCAAGACGUUGAACAGAAACUUGUACGCAAUAAAAAAAUUUAUCCGCUGAACUUUCAUCCGCUAACUUCGCACAUGUCAAAACGUGCGGUCCCAGGCGUAUGUCUUACAGAUUUCUUUCCGAUUCUUAAUGUGUUACUAUAGAUUAAAGAGAUGCGUCAAUUUUCAGUCGCCUAAAUUUUGAUCUUAACACCCAUUAACGUAAAUUUUAUCACAUAUAACACGGCAGCUGUAUUCGAAGACAUAGCACCAGAAUACGUGUCGACGUAUAAUAUAAAGUAAAUGAUUUUGGUUUGUCCAGUCGAAAAAAUGAUCUUGCUUUGUCCACUUUUUUGAAUGCUCUAAUUCAGCGCACCUGUGUCAAAUCAGAUAUUCGAAUGUUUGAAACAUAUCACAUAUAAAUAAAAUUGUCUUUUUCAUCAUUUACAGUUGUUUUAUAGUAUAUUUUAACGGAUUCACAUGUUUUAACGGAUUAUAAAAUCUACCUUCCAUUGGUGUCAAUGCGCCCCUCAUUUGAGCUAACUUUUAAUCAAUCACCAGUUGAGUAUUUGACACGUAUUCAGAGCUUUUCUGGAUUAUAACACUUAUAAAUAUUGUAAACAUCAUGCUUGCACACCAUUUGUAUCAGAUUUACAUAGCUAAACCAUGUAAUCAACGCAUUUCGAAGACCUCGAUUUCGAUCAUGAGUUGUCCGAUUCACUAAUGUUGUUCUGUCCACAUGACUUCUAUGGCAACCGUUUGGCGCGUUGCAGUUUGUUUAUGGUGUCUCUCGCGCAUAGCAGAAAUAAGAUUUCUCUGUGUUGAGUGUAUUGAGGCGAACGCCUUUAAAAUGCCCAAGAAAAGGCAAUAUUCUGAAUAAAUGAAAUUGAUUAAAUUAUGAAUGGAUCAAUAUAAUGACAGUAAACCCAAGCAAUGAGAAAUGCAACAUCUACUUGAAAAUUCGAUUUUUUUCAUUCAAAAAUUGUGAUUUCCAAAUUCGGACAGACCAUGAUCAUUUUUUGGACAAACCAUGAUCAGAGGUGGACAAACCAUGAUCAUAAUUUCUCUUUGAGGAAAAUCGUUAAAAAACAUAAAAAUUUGAAUAAUUUCAACGCCUUAUUGUGGUAUAAACAACUAGAGACUUGGGGUUUUUCAACAAACCCUAACUCAUAUUGAUUAUCCAACAACACCCUGUCCAACUGUCCAAGACCACCCUGAUUAUAGUUCGUUGUAACACAAACCUUUAGAAUUUCAACAAGAUACAUUCAUACAUUGUUGAAUGCUUAGAAUAAAGUAUAUUUAACGUCAGUUUCAUUCAAAAGAGUUGUGUGUUUGUUUAUUGUGCAUAAAUAUGAUAGUUUCAGCUGACCAGUUUCAAAUUUCAUAAGUAUUAUCAAUGAAAAAUUUUAAACGAUCGGUUGAUUUAUAUGUCAAUAAUUGGCAACUUUGCUAUUUCGAUUAAUAACCUGGAAAAUUUGUGUUGGAAUACUAUUUACCAAAUUCUGCUGAACGGAUUUCUUGAUAUUUUUCCAUGUUUCCGAAAUUGCGACCUUGAGCUCUUCAAUCGUGGUGUACCGUUUGCCCUCAGUGUAGAUUCUGUGUACAAGGAUCCCCCUAAGAUUUCCAACAGGAUACAAGUCUGGAGAGCGAGCCAGUCCAAAAAAUUGAGUUUUUGGUCCUUAAUCCAUUACUUAGUUUCUUUGCUGGUAUGAAUAGUACCAUUGUUUUGUUGGAAUGAAAUUUUUUUGUGAUGAUAUCCACGCAAAAACGAUAGGAGAGAGAAUUUCACAACAUGCAUGUAAUCCUUGAAUGAUGUGAGAGCUAUCUUGAGCUUUCCGGUUGCACAGAAUCCCGCCCAAAGCAUGCACGAGCCUCCACCAAAAUUCCUGAUUGAAAAAUACUGUUACUUUUACCAUAAAUCACGCCAGUACCUGUUGAAUCCAUCAGGACCAUCCAAAUUGAACUUUUUUUCGUCAGUGAAGAUUACCUAUACAUUCAAGAACUUUCCGUUAUAGAAUAUAGCAAAAUGCAUUCUUUUAGAAACAUUUUUUUGUCACAACAUACCAUGUCCCACUGUCGGUUCAUGUGAGCAUUGGCAAAACACAGACAUCUUCCGAUGUGAGAUGGUGUAGGAUGAGGAGCUUUAACCUUUUAAUCCCUCAUUAUGUGAGGAUUUUUUGCCAAUUGUCGAAUGACGAAUUGUCACCCGAGUAACAUUUAAAUUGAUAUAUUGCUUUAUUUGCAUAAGCGAUUUUGAGGUAUUCGAAGCUGUUCUAGCUAUUUCCCGCUUAUCCCGAUCAGAGAGCUUCGAUUUACGCGGAGCUCUCUCCUUCUUACCGUAUCUUUGAGGAUUCGCCAAAUAAUUGAGCAUUACUUGAUGCAAAUUCUCUGAUACUUACAUUUUUUUGGUGAAAUGCUGGUCUUAUAGGUAACUGGUCUUAUAGAAACUUGACACAUGGAAAAUACAAAAACAUCCGUUUACGCUCAGCGCUUGCACACACCCACAUGAAAAUCAUGCAGUGUAUAGGGCGCUUGCAGCGUGCAUAUGGAUUAGUAAUCUGUUGGGUAGGCAAAAGUGAUGACUAUGAUUCAUAUCAAUGGAAGCAGAUUGAUUAUUCAAGAAGUUUCACAGAAACAGUGCAAACUGCACUUUGAGAUUGUAAAACCGGAUUUGGUGAAGUGUUUUCCCAUUCUGGCUUUGUGCUUUUUGCCCUGGAAUACUGUUCUCGGGAAGAAGUAAACUAUAAUGAACAUUCGUGUGCAGAUAUCCUUAAUCGCUGGUUGUUCCCGCCAAAAAAGCAGUUGAUUAUGUUGAAAUUAGGGACAUAUUCAGCAAGAAAGAUCAACCAACCCUCAGAUAUCAUUUCCGGAUACCUGAACGCUCUGCGGAGAAGUUAAACGUGUUAAUAAGAAAAUUGAUCGGAAAUAGAGAAAAUUAAUCGAUUAGGCAAUUCAUGGAAAAUACAAGAAAGCAUUCGAACAUGAGCUCGAGCCUCUGUGACUUUGAUCUAGGUGCGAAAAUGUUGAUAAUCCUUUUCUGCCAAUUUUCGAUUCAAAUCAUGUGGGAAAAUCGCUCAAUGAACAGCGAAAAAUAUGUGCUAGUGAAUUAAAUAAUAUGCUUCACACAAAAAAUCUUGUUCGCGAAAUAGCUUGCCUAACUGUUCUACAAAGUUGAUGUUAGUUCUAUGAAAAAAAUUGCUCUAUUACAGUGAUAGACAUUCAUUUAGUCGCACUUGAAAAAAAACUUGAAACGCUUACAAAACAACUAGGAAUGUUCUUUUUAUCGGGAUACUUAUUUGCCGUAGUGAUAGUAUAUUUAAGUCACUUUUAUUGAAAGGACGUGCGUCACAACCACACACACAAGGCGGCAUCGGUGGAUAUAAACAUUCAAACGUCGUUUUUUCCCGAGACAUACGUUUAGCCGCAGGGCAUAAAAAUCGAGUUUUCGCAUAAUCUCCAAGCCUUUAUCUGUGUUUUUUGAAAAAAAUACUUGGGAAUGUUCAAUUUACAAGAUAAAUAUUAGAUCUGCAACGUAAGAAGUUGGUCAGAUUAGUGAUUUACGUAGAAUUUAAAGGAAUGGCGAAAGGUAUUCUAUUGACGAAAGAGAGGCGGUCUAUCUGAGAAAGUGGUACGGAAUGUCUUUAAAUAGUGCCAGAAAUAUGGGAUAUAACGACCAACAAAUAGGAACAACAAAGUUACUUUGCGUCUUAAAGGUCGAAUCAGACACGAAGCAACCAGGAAACGAUGUCCUGCUCAUACAUUAAGGCAGAAUCGGUUGUUCCAGUAACGAAGAGGCAUAUUGCGCGCAUCUUGAAUGAGUCACCAAACAUCAUGUGGAAGAAACCUCAAGGGAAGCCGAAACUGACCGCUACCCAUAAGCAGAACCAUCUCAUUUUUGCCCGGCAAUACAUGGAAUGGAAACUAGAAUGGAUAAAUGUAUUUUCCGGCGAAAAAAGUUCAAUUUGGAUGGUCCGGACUUUUACAGUUACAGCUAUUGGUACAAUUUAAGACAACGGCAUGUCGUGAGAUCGAAGCGAAAUUUCGGGGGCGGAAGUUUGACAGUGUGGGGAGCCGUUUCCUAUCACAGCAAGCUUCUCAUUUGUUUCAUUUUCACCCGAAUGAACUCCGAAAAGUAUCUUUAAUUACUGGAGGACGUUUUGACUGACCAUAUUGAGAACAACGCUACCGAGGAUGUCGUUUUUUGAGCUGGAUUAUGCAAAGAUCCACGUUUCCAAGCAAUCGAAGGCAUGGCAAGCAAGCCAAUUGGCGAUCUAACGCAAAACGUAAACGAUCUGUGAGACAUCUGGAUUUUGUCUUUGAACUAAGAAAAUGAUGCUAAUGUAACCUAAAACUCAAAAACAAAUCACGUAUAUUUUACUUCCGGGCUUUCCAAGGUAGUUCUCACAUGCAGGAAUCGUGCAUUUUUCUACUUGUGUUUGAUUGUGCUCUCGAAUUUCCUUCUUUAAUUCAACCAUUGUCAACAUUUUUAUAGUUUUCACUACUGAAAGAGGUAAAUAAAUAACAUGUUAUAUAUAAAAUUGCGCAGAAUGAAUUUCUUACAAACUCAUCGCAAUCAAAUAAUCUUUUAUGAUUAUAACAUUGUAAUUUAUGGAAAGAACUACAAACCUUCCAUAAGCUCACAUGGCAAAAUUUAAAACCAUCAUCACUUUCACCGCAGCGCCGCCUAGGUGUAGAUUUGUACGUAAGAUCGCCAAUUAAUUUGCGCUUUGCCAGUACAUGUAUGUCAACUUUUCAGCCAACCCUCGUACCUUGUAUUUUGGGCAAAAACAAUCAAAAUGUGCAAGCGGACAAACACCGUUUUGGUUGGGGGUGCAACAAUAUAAUUUGAAUUAUGACAAUAUCACUCUCACCGACAUAUAUUCAUUUCAGAAAACGU